GUGACUUAUGGCAAACUUUUGUUAAAGGGAUAGAUCACACAAAAAUUAUAAUUCUGUCAGCUUUCAUCAGCUUGAGGGUGGAAGAUUAACAUUAAAAGGGAUGAAAGCCCUUUGUUCUUCCUAUAUUGUUCAGACAAGACAGCAAAAUGUUUGCUCUAGUGGUGAUGAUGCUCGCAUUGAGCAUUUAUGCAUCGACAACAGAUGUCCCAACUUACCAGCAUGAGGACCCUGCCACAGGCCGCAUCCUCACAUGCACGCGCUGCCCCGCUGGAACCCACAUGCGCGCGCACUGCACUCCUACCCAAGACACCGUCUGCUCGCGCUGUCCAGAGGACCAUUUCACGCAGUUCUGGAACUACUUACCCAAAUGCCUGUACUGCAGCACAUUCUGCGUGGAGAAUCAGUACGUGAAGAAAGAAUGCUCCCCUACAAACAACAGAGUUUGUGAGUGUCAAGAAGGUUAUUACUGGCAAGCGGACUUCUGCAUCAAGCACACGGAGUGUCCAUCUGGAUACGGCGUCCAGAAGAAUGGUACCGUUCACAGUGAUACAAAGUGCGAGAAGUGUCCGCGAGGCACGUUUUCUUCCGUCAAGUCCUCGAGCGCGCCCUGCGUAAAACACACUGAUUGCGCAUCGCUGGAUCGUGUUGUUGCGCUGAAAGGAACCGGUUGGCAUGACAACAUCUGUGUGGCAUGCGAGAAUCUGCAGAGUGACGGUGGUGUAACCAUACUGAAACAAAUCCUGCCAAACAUCUUUGCACAUGAAAAAAUACGGGUUUCCAAACUCAGCCGAUUUGUGAGGCAUGAUUUGGGCCAGAGACUGCAAGGGAAAUACUCUGUCUCCUCCAGACGACAACUCUUACUACAUUCCUUUUCCGAGUGGAUUAGAGGCGCUAGUGUAGACCAGUUGAGAAAAUUACCAAUGAUGCUUGGAGAAAGAAACAUCCACAAUGCCGCAGAAAAACUCUCAAAUAUUUUAAAGGAGUUAGAUGCCUCAAAUUGCCUUAUGAAUGGUGCAAAAAUGUCACUCACUGUAAAUAAAUGUAUAGAUUAUUAAUUUUUUGGGAUUCUCUCAUGUGAAGGCCAGUAAAUACUUGCUCAGUUUG